UUUCUGAAAUUUCAAAAUAACAAUCCAAUAAAUCCUUAAAAGCAACAAUCCAAUAAAUCCCAAGCCACUUAAAAAUUUGAGAGCAUUUCUAAAACUACCGGUGAAAGGAAAAUCAACAAUGGCUUCCAUGCUUCUUUCUACCUCCUCAUCUAAGCUCUGGUUUCCUUCUCCUAUCUAUAAUUCAUGUAGAAGAGUGACCAGAUGCAAAUGGAAUUCUCAUUAUCUGUUGCAUGGCAAAUUGCUUCGGAAUAAAAGUUAUACUUUCAAGGAUGCGGCUCACACUCCCUGUAGAUCUUAUGUUGUUGCAUCUGUGGUUCGAAGACAGGCGAAGAAGAGAGAUACUGUGAUUCCUGAUCCUGAUUACAGAAUUCCAGUUGUUUUGUUGGGUUUAGCGGGUGGAUUAGCAUAUCAAGAUAAUUUAUUGCUCGCAGCUCCAGUAGGCCUUCUUGGAUUGCUUCUAUUGUUCCAGACUACAAGGGUGAGAUUUGUCUUUGAUGAAGAGGCCCUGGAAGUAAAAAUUGGGGAUCAGCUUCAAGAGUCAGGCGAAAAUGUAUUUGUGGGUGGGAAGAACCGUUGGAAGUAUUCAACAUUUGUAAAUUGGGAGCUUUGGUGGCCAAAUUUCCCCAUACUGGUGUAUUUCAAGGAGAUGCAAACAAAACCUGAAGGACAAGUGCAUUUCUUUCCUGUAAUUUUUAACGGGAAACAGAUCUAUGAAGUUAUGUUGGAGCGUGCUGGACCAUCUAAGACAAGUGGUCCGAAGCAGUCCUGAUGCUUGAUAUCUUUAAUGCACACAUUCUGUAAGUUUUUUUAUGCUUAUUUGGUCCUUAUGAUAAUAAAGUUAUACGAAAAUUUAGUUAUUUAUUAAUUUUUCUGUUCUUUUGUAGAAAUGAUAUGAUUGUUCUGCUUUUUUAGGUUUUAUAUAUAAGGUUUUGAAGCAAUUGAAACUUUUUCUUUUUAAAGGAGAAUUGGCAAUUGAAACAGAAAACUACUAAAACUAGGGCUUGACACAUGGGGAGUAAACUACCUCUUGAUUUUGCUCUCUAUUCACCUGCUUGAAAGUAACUUUCUCACCCGGACAUAUAUCUUUAGGGCACAUUUCAUUGGUCUCUGCCAACUGUAGCACUUCCCUUGACUGAAUUAUGGGAAGUGUGAUGCAAUUUUGGAAGCUGUGGCUUCCAAAAUAGUUAUAAAUGUUGGAUGAGGUGGCUUCUAUGCCACUCCAUGGAUGCUGCCACGUUGGAAUUUUGUGGAAGACUUAGCUUUGUGAGCUGGAUCUUCCACCAAUCAAACGGCUCUUAAUUUCAUUUAGAAUUGCAACAUACUUCCAUGGAAUCCUUUGUUCACCGAUGCAAGCUUCAUUAGCACUCAUUGAAUCUCUUAUAACACUUAUAUUAGAAUAUUAAUCUCCCGUUAAUCUCGCCGUCAUUUCUGCAUCAUUUGCAGUCGUGAAUCCUGACCCUGAGAAAGAUUAGUUUCAUUUGUACAUAUAUUCCCUAAUCAAUGCACACCCCCUGGCCUAUUUUGGAUUGCCAAAUUAACUCCUAUCAAAAUUUAACUUCACACAAUUUCCCAACGGUGGUUGCCAAAUUCUACCUCUUUGUACCAUAUUUCCACUCAUAUUAAACACUUAAUCCAAAUGAUAGAUCGGAUCAAACUUAGAAAACUCCUCCACUUCUUUUCUUUUUGAUGCCUACUCUACGACUUUUCCACGAAUUUUCUCAAUAAUUGUAUUUACCUCUAGCACCUUUUCUUCGAAAUCGCGCAUGUUCCUUUCUUUCCAUAUUUCCCACAUCAUUGCUGCCCUCAAUAUUCUUCAAAACACUUGCCAUGAUAUCUUUGGCAAACUCAAAUGAUCAAGCUCUCUCCUCUCUCAUGAAGCCUGCUCACCUUUUGAGUUUUUGAGUUUUGAUGUGGAUCCUUCAUUCUAUUAAUUUGCAGUUCCUAAGUAGUGCCAUACUGGUUGAUAUAUGGGAAAUAAAGGUUCUUUUUUUUCCAUUAUUUUUAAGGUUUUUUUUUAGGUGGAUUUUGGAUAUAAAAAUUGCAUGUCCUUCACGCUGUGUUUAUGAAUUCGAAAAAAAAGAAGAAAAGAAAACAAAGAAAAAGGCUCCUGAACAAUUUUUUUUUUUUAAUAUUAACUUUGGCUUUUGAACCUUUAAAAUGGUCUAAUUGGCUUUUUUUUUUUUCCAUUAAUCCCGAUUCUUUAAAGAUCAUAAUAUCUGCACUAUUUUUAGACCUCCAAAUUAAUAUAACUGAGGUGAAAAGGAAUUUAAGACGAUUUUGGAUGUGCUUCGGUCUUAUAUAGUUCAAAAACUAGGUCAGACACAUGGGACAACCAGUCUGAUAAUACUCUGUACCAGAAUAACCCCGUUUAGAAAGAGACAGAGAAUUUGGUCUAGACUAAUGUAUUUCUCAUUAAUUUUUUCUAAUUUAUUCUGUCAUAAAUUUCUUGUAAACUUUUGAUAGUUAAUGGAAAGAUUGUGGGAAACGUUUAAAAAAAAAAAAAAAGGAAAAAAAAAA